AUGGUUGUCGCAGAAGCACACCUUGCACUUGCGCCCCACGAUACAGCUGCAGACGACAUGACCAAGCAAGGCGCUCAAGCAACCGCCGCCUCCAUCCUCGCAGCACUUCCUGAGCGCACGAGGUCUCAACCUUUCGACGGUUCGAACGGUAUUGGCAACGAAUACCUGCUGCAGACUUUCCCUCCCUCCAGGCGCGCUUCCCAGGCGCCACAGCGCGAGUCAACGACACCGAGCCAGCACUCUACACCUUCCCCGUGUGUCACGCCAGAGAUCGUGUCGUCUACCUUUCCGUCGGAACUACCGCCUCGCCCGCCGCCGAAACAGUCUCCCCUUCGUCGCCUAUUCAGUCUACCUGUGCGGCCGCCGACUCAAGCUGCGCAGACGGAUAAGAACAUGACCACCAACCACACUUCCGUUUCGCGAGUGGACAUCGAGAUGGGUAGCUUAGGCGUACGGAGUCAGGUGCAGCAUGAUCUCCAGAACCUUGCUAGGACCAACAGGAGGCUGAAGAUCUGUGUGUUUGUGCUGGUUGGGCAGAUCAUUGUGAUGGCAGGCAUCAUGGUGGUCUAUGUUGCUUAUUCACAUUCUGCAACACAGAAAGAUUGA